AUGACGGAACAACCUCGUUCAAUGGAGUCCCGCGUCGGACGCAAAAACCAACGGUACGGUCCGAAAGGCGAACGGCUCGUGGCCGGUGUCGUGCCGUUGUCCGCGGACAAGACUUUGGUCUUGAUGAUCCAGUCCGCAGGGCGCGGCGGCUGGGUCCUUCCCAAGGGCGGCUGGGAGACAGACGAGAACAGCCCUCAACAAGCCGCCUGCAGAGAGGCCUGGGAAGAGGCCGGAGUAAUAUGUACGGUGCAUAAGGACUUGGGGCAAAUACCCGACAUGCGCUCCUCGUCUUUAUUGUCAAGCACAGCACCCAAGGCGUCCUACCAGUUCUUCGAGGUGACCGUGGACCGCGAAGAGGAGCAGUGGCCCGAGAUGCACAAGCGAAAACGACAAUGGGUUACCUACAAGCAGGCUGCCGAUGCUCUGGCCAGCAGACCCGAGCUUCUGGAAGCGCUCAAUCGCAGCUCCAUGCGGCGGUAG